AUGCCAGAAGAUACAGACUCGUUCCAGGACGCUCAGGAAACCGUGGAUGUUCAUAAUGAGGUUCCGGAAUCUAUUAAAGACAGCACAGCGGAAGAAUCUAGAAGUGCUUCACCUUCAAAAUCUAAAAAGAAGAAGAACAAAAAGAAGAAGAAGAAUCAAUCAAACAAUGGUAGUCAGUUAGAUUUAUCAAAUGGAGAUGCUGAAACACCAAUAGAGAAGGAUGAUGCGGAAGAAGUAAAGAUUCCAAAUGAUCCAGAACCUAAAUACGAGGCUGAAACGGAUGCUGUUAAAUCUGUUGAAAAUGUUACAAAUGAAGCUAAAGAAGAAAAUGUCUUACCAGAUGAAUCUAUAAAUGAAAAUUCUGAAGAAAUUGUUGCUGAAGUUGAUCAAGCUUUGAAAAAUAAAACUGGUACUGACGUGGAAGUUGAUCAAGUUGUUGAAACUGCUGCUGCUGCUGCUGCUGACCCAGAAAUUGAAGAAUCUAAAGAAGAAGAACAAUUGCCAAUUGAAACUGAAAUUGAAAAGCAGGAACCACCAAGUAUUGAAAUGAAUGUUGAAGAAGAUUUAAAUGAAACUGGUGAUGUUUCAGAACUACCAAUUAGUCAAUCAACUAAUGACAUUCCAAAAACUGAAGAUUUAAAACAAGAGAAUGCUAAUCUUGAAGAUAAAUUACAAGAAUUGAAAAUAGUUACAAAUGUUGAUGAUUUAAAGGAAGAAGAAGUUGAAGAUUCAAAACAACAAACAUCUUUACAAUCACCUUCACCAAUCUUACCAAAGAAAAUUGAUCAAACAUCGCCACCACAACUUCCAGAUAGAUCAAAUGUUCCAAUUGUAUCACCACAAGCAGCUUCAAAUCCACCACCAUUACCUGAAAGAGACUUGGAUAAUCAACUUCAAAAUACAACACAAGAUUCUAUACCACCAGCAUUACCAGCAAGACCUUCUGAAGAUCAUAAUGGUGGUCUAAAGCCUUUUAAAAAUAGAACUUUACAAAAUGCUUCUGAUUUACCUCCACCUCCAUUGCCUCCACAAUUAACAGCUGCACAAAAGGCAAGUCAUCGUACAAGUAUUUUACCAUCAUGGCUACACAAGAGUUCUGGCUCAAUUCCAACAUCUGAAAAAUCAUUAGAAUUAGAAGAGAAUUAUGAUUUAUUAUUAAGUAGAUUAAGUGAAAAUCAUGAAGAUUAUGAAUCAAAAGAUGAAAUUUCUAAAGAACAAAUUGAUAUUUCUGCAAAUACACUUAGAUCAACAUUUGCUGAAAAAGUUUCAACUUUAGAAGAUACUUCGGCUGAUCAAAGUCAAGCAACAACUGCUGAAGAUUCUGAAAUUCAUAAAAUUGAUUGGCCAUUUUGGACUCAAGUUGUUAAUGAUUAUACGGGAACUGCUAAAUCUGAUCCUGCAAAAUUAGCUAAACAUUUAUCAGGUGGUAUCCCAAAGCAAAUUAGAGGUAUUGUUUGGCAAUUAGUUGCAAAUUCAAAUCCAAAAGAAUUUGAAACAAUUUUUGAAAAUUUGAAAACUCAAACAAGUCAAUAUGAAAAAAGUAUUACUAAAGAUUUAUCAAGAACUACAUUCAUUCAAGAUUUCGGUUUAGAUGUUGAUUCAUUAUUCCAAAUUAUUAAAUCAUACUCUAUACAAGAUUCUGAAGUUGGUUAUACUCAAGGUAUGGCAUUCUUAACUGUUCCAUUAUUAAUAAAUAUGAAUGAAUUAGAAUCUUUUACCUUAUUAAACAAAUUGAUGUUUGGUUAUAAUAUCAGAUCAUUGUAUUUACCAGAUAUGCCAGGUCUACAUUUAAAAUUAUAUCAAUUUGAUAGACUUAUUGAAGAUUUAUUACCAAAUUUACAUACACAUCUUUUGAGACAAGGUGUUAGAUCAUCAAUGUAUGCUUCACAAUGGUUUUUAACUUUUUUUGCUUAUAAAUUCCCAAUUGAAUUUGUUUUGAGAAUUUUUGAUAUUAUAAUAACUGAAGGUUUUGAAUCAAUUUUAAAAUUUGCUGUCGCUAUUGUCCAAGCUAAUGAAUCGAAAUUAUUAACAUUACAAUUUGAUGAUUUAUUGGAGUUUUUGAAAGAAAACUUAUUUAGUGCAUAUUUGAUAAAUAAUAACGAAACAAAUGAUGUUGAUGAUGAUGUUGAUUCUAUUCAAGGUGGUGCUGGUGGAUUUUUCACAAAGAAGAAACAAACCCCAGCUCCAGCCAUUACUGUUGAUUCUUAUGACGUUGAUAGAUUUGUUGAAGAUGCUACAAAUGUCAAGAUCCUACCAAUAACUAUAAAGAUAUAUGAAGAUGAGUAUCAAGAAAUACAUCGUUUGGAAAAGGAAAGACAAGAAGAAGUUGAAGAAUUAAGAUUGAAAAAUAAUCAAUUAAGAAAAGAAAUUAAAAAAAUUGAAUCUAGUUAUACUUUAUUGAACAGAGAACAUGUUCAAAUUGCAAAUGAAAUGAUUAAUGGAAGAGUCACACUGGCUACUUUGGAAGAUGAAAAUAAAGAUUUAAAAGAACAAAAUCAAAACCUUCGUGAUCGUAUUAAGAAUUUACAAGCUAAAGAAGAAGUUGCAAUUCCUUCAAAUCUUGAAGAUGACUUGAAAAUAACAAUGGAAAGAAAUUUGGAAGUCAUGACAAAGAAUGAAGAAUUAGAUAAUCAAGUCCAACAAUUAUUACAAGAGAUUGAAGAAUUGAAAAAUUCUAAACAAUCUAAUGGUGAUGUACAACCUUCUCCACAAGCUACACCUGUUCAAAAGCAAUCAUCAUGGACCAAAAAGCUUUUCAAGUGA